GCCGCUCCCCCCACCAACGCCUCGACCGAUCCUCCUCCAAAUCCUCCCUCGGACGCUGGCGAUGCCAUUCGUGACGGAAAGCAGCGCGCCAAAGACAUCAUGGCCGCAUCAGGUAUCGACGUGACCUCGUCACCUUCACAGUCCUCCAACGGAGUCGCCAUGUCUAGGAAACGUUCGCGCUCCGGCUCGCGCAUUCCCGCGCGUCCUCAAUCCCCAAACAACCCUCCACGCCAGGAGGUUCUCCUCGAGCGCUACAUUCAACGCGACUCGCUAUACGCUGCUGCCAUGAAUGAUCAGGCCGAGAAAUCGCGCAAGCUUCUGAGGCUCAAGGAACAGGAGAAGGAAUGGUAUCUCCAUGAGGGAAGACAACAACGACAACAACAUCCUGGAGCUGUCUUUGGAUAUGGGUAUGCUGGUUAUGGCAAUGGCCGAACCGACGACAGAACACGGCUGGAGUAUCCAGCCACGCGUCGUAGAGCUGGCAACAGGAGAACGCGCGAAUUGCGCGUUGCCAGGAAAGACGCAGGACAGCAAGCAGAAUACCUGGAGGAGCUCGUACCCGUGCGACUUGAUCUUGAGCUCGAGAAGUUGAGACUGCGCGACACAUUCACCUGGAAUCUCAAUGAUCGCCUGGUCUCUCCCCAGCUCUUCGCUGAGAACCUUAUCGAAGACCUGAAGAUGCCUAUGGAACAGAGCCAAAUGCUUGCUCGUCAAGUCCACCAAGAACUGCUCGAUCAGUUGAACAAUUACUAUCCCCACGUUUAUCCAGCUGGCCAAGCUGCGGAACCCGAGACUCCAUAUAAUGCGCACAAGAAUGAUGACAUGCGCAUUACUGUAAAGCUCAAUAUUACCAUUGGACACAUCACUCUGGUGGAUCAAUUCGAAUGGGACAUCAACAACCCUCUCAAUUCGCCCGAGGAGUUUGCCAGACAAAUGUCUUUGGAUCUCUCGCUCUCUGGUGAAUUCACAACAGCCAUUGCGCACUCGAUUCGCGAGCAAUGCCAGCUCUACACCAAGAGCUUGUUCGUGACCAAUUACGAAUUUGAUGGACGACCGAUAGAGGACCCUGACAUCCGUGAAAAUAUGCUUCCCUCACCUGUGCCCAAUGUGUUCAGGCAGCAACAGAGUCAGAAGGACUGGACACCAUACAUGUACGAGCUUACUGAGACGGAAUUGGAAAAGACUGAGUUGUCCAUGCUACGUGAGCAGAGAGCACAGAAGCGUCAACUCAACAGACGUGGUGGCCCCGCUUUGCCAGAUCUCAAAGAACGACAAAGGACCGUGCGGUCAUUGGUUGUAUCAACCGUCAUUCCAGGCGCUGCAGAAACUUUGGAAGCCAGUGGCAUCUUCAAGAUCCGUCGUACUGCAACCGGUAGAGGUCGUAGACCUGGUGCUCGCUUGAAUGAUGGAAGUGAUUCUGAUGAGCUGGAAGAGGAGGAGUCCGGAGGCGAGUCACCUGCACCCACUCAGCUUCCAAGUGGCGGUACCGCGAGAACUAGAGGCAUGAGAGGUGCCGCCAGUGCUGCACAAAUUGCUAUGCGUCAGACCUACGGCAGAUCAGCCACCCCUGAUGUUGCCAUGCUCUCACAACCAGAAUCGACCAGAGCGUCUCGACGUGUCCAAGAGACAACAGCUCGUGAAGACACAGCAGAGCCAACAUCAAUGAUUGUUAAGCUUCGUCUGAACCCUGACAAGUUCAAGCAAUUCCUGGCCAGGAAGAAGUUUGGCCGUAGUGCGGCACCUCCUCUAUCGGGCUUCCCUACAUCGUUCACCAUGCCAGUUGCCAAACCUGCUGCUACACCAGCGAAGCAAGCAGGCCCUGCGACGCCGUCAAUGCAGAACCGAUCUCUACCAGCGGCUGCAGUCACUCCUGCUCGCCAAGCUCAACCCCAAGCACCAACACCAACGACCAAGCUCCCAGCACCUACACCGACCAAAAUCACGAAGGAUGUUGAGUAUGAUUCGCAAGGACGAGUCGAAGCCGCCACUACACCUUUGCCAGAUAGUGCCACACCCGACAUACCAGACUGGCUGAAAGACGCACUUGCGGAAAUGCACCGCAUGUACCCAACCUCUCGCUUCUCAGGUCUCAUGCGCUUCGCCGCCAUCGAUCCUGCUACCGACAAGCCCAUUCCCAUCGACCACGCUUCAUUACCAGCCGGCUCACCUCCACCCGCCAACUACACCAACCGCGCCACUGGCGAAAAACAAGAAGUCAAAUGGAUGUGGCAACCCCGUAUCCGCUGUGACGAUUGCCCUGGCAAGCUUUAUACUGCAAUGAGGGAAGAGACGAUUGCGAAAUUCGAACUUCAUAUCAAGAACAGAAAGCAC